UCUCGCGAGCCCACGAAGUUGACGUCUCGUGCACGCCUUCGAUCGAAUUCGACAUGGUUUGCACGUUUCCCUGAUCAGUGACGUCGAACGGGACAACACGGUGUGCAUGCGCGUACGCUGCAGCACAACGCUUGUCUGCACGAUAUCCCGCAUGUACAUUCAGACUUCUGGCCGGUCUAUAUCGAGCGCGUGCCUGUCUGAGUUCGACUGUAUCUGCCGGCAUGGCGAUCGGGACUGUGCCGCUGAACGACUCGGCUCGCGGCGCGUCUUCAAGCUGCAGGCGCAGAGAAGAGCUACGGACCGAGGAGAAAAGCGACGAGGCUGAGAGAGGUGCUCUGAAUCGUCUGCUGCUUAGGAGCACGCCGUCGCCUGGUAGACCAACUGUGAAAACGAGAGAGAGUCGAGUAUGCUCGGCUGGCGUUAUCUAG